CAACUCGUCAUUUUGGUAAAAGGUAAAAUAGUAACUAACUGUCCGUSUAUCUAAUCACUAGUCGACUACACAAAUUUUACGUUUUGUAUUUGUUUAAACAUUAAAGUAUUUUCACAUUUUAGAAGUUAAAUUCAAAUUACARUCCUUAAAUAUGGAUACAAUUAUUGAUAGAGGAGCACCAAAAGCUCGUAACUUCGAACCAUAUGCAAGUAAUGGAGGUUCAAUUGUUGCCAUUAGUGGUAAGGAUUUUGCAAUUGUUGCUUCUGACACUCGUCUUAGUGAAGGAUAUAUGAUUUAUACACGUAAACAAUCAAAGCUAUUCCAAUUGUCUGACAAAUCGGUUCUUGGAUGCACAGGGUGUUGGUGUGACACAUUAUCAUUGACUAAUAUUAUUCAGUCUCAAUUGAAGUCAUAUUUGUAUGAUCAUAACACAGUAAUGCAGCCUAAUUCUAUUGCCCAAUUGCUAUCUACUCUGUUGUACAGCAGACGUUUCUUCCCGUACUAUGUGUACAAUGUACUAGCUGGACUUGAUAACAAUGGUGAAGGUUGUUUGUACAGUUAUGAUCCUGUAGGUCAUUGUGAAAAAGUGAAUUACACUGCUGGUGGCAGUUCUGGUGUUCUCAUGCAACCUUUUUUGGAUAGUUGGGUAAGUUACAAUUUAAGUUCAAUAUACCUUUAUUGGAAAUGCUUACUUUUGGAAAAUUAAGCUGUUAUAUUAUAU